AUGAUUGUUCAAUGUGCUGAUCGUUUCAUUGAUCAAAAUCUUCAUCCUGAUCAAAUUCAUCGAGAUUUAGUCUCAUGCUGUCAAUCAUUUACCAUAAAUGUCAUUGGAUUCAUUGGAUUCGAUCACGAUUUCGAUAUUCAUAUUCAUUCACCAAUAAAAAAAGCUUUCCAUGAUUUUAUAUCCUAUGUCAUGUUGAUAUUCUUCUCAUCGUGGCUGCCUCGAUGGUUGGGGAAAAUCUAUUUGAAAUAUAAUUGGAAAUAUCAACGUGCAUAUCGAUUAAUUCAUGAAUUGUCAGAAAAGCUAGUUGAAGAAGAACAAAAGAAAGAAAGUGAAAUGGAAAAUCAACGACCGAAGAAUCUGAUUGCUUCAUUGGUUUCAUCAUUGAAUGAAGAAGCCAAUGAUGAGCAAGCUUCAUCUGGUCUAACACGUGUAGAGAUCUUUGAUGAAAUUUUAAUGAUGAUCCUAGCUGGAUAUGAAACGACAUCAACUGCUCUAUCAUGGUUCAUAUUUUUUGUAAGUAAAAAUCCUCAAGUGCAACAAAAAAUGAAAGAGGAAUUGCGCGAACAUCAUCUUUUGAUGACAGAUGAUCUCAAAUAUGUACCACAGCUAACAGAAGAGAAUUUAGCUUCAUUAAUCCAUUGUGAAUGUGUGACAAAAGAGGUCUUACGUUUGGCUUCUGUUGUUGUAUUUACAACUCGUGUAGCUACUUGUGACACCAUUGUCGAUGAUGUGAAGAUUCAUCGUGGUCAAACUAUUUUUAUUGCUUUGAAUAACAUCAAUACUGAUGCUCGGUAUUGGCAUCAUGCUGAUCCUCAACAAUUUGUACCAGAAAGAUUUUUAGGUGAAGAUAAAAAUCAUCAUCCAUUAGCUAUGAUUCCAUUUGGUGGUGGACAUCGAGCAUGUAUUGGACAAGAAUUAACUUGGCUCGAGUUGAAAACGAUCAUUGUUCGAAUGAUGCAACGUGGCAUCACAGUCGAGGACACGCCAGAAAAUGUCGGCGGUUGUGUAGACGGCUUUACCAGUUUUCCAAAAGAAAUGGCAGUGCGUGUACGCUUCGAUUGA